AUGUGCUUUUAUGACCAGAAAAAGUUCACCUGCGGAGACUGGGCAUGGGGCAAUUUUGCAGCCAGGUGCAACCAUGAAUACCGAAUGGGAGAAACAUGCGGCAUGAGGCUUGUGCAUAACACGGAACCUGUCGGCACCAAAUGCAAACUGUGCGAUAAAAUCGACAUCAAAACCCGCCGACUUAAUACAGAAAUAGGCCGACUGCAACGAUGGAUCCAAGAAGGCUCCACUUUGAAAGCAUCAAUGGAAAAAUCAAGAGAUCAAAUCGCCGAUCUGCAGAAAGAGAUCAAUCAAUUGGAGUUUGAGAGGAGACACAAAAAGUUCAGCCUUGGCAAGUAA